GCGUAGUGGGGACCGCGCUGAAGAAACGAAUAUACUCGAAGACCGGGCAGAGAUUGAACUCACUCAAAUAGUAGACAUUAAAGUGGCGGAUUGAAUGCAAAUAUGUCUGGCGAAUUUAAGCUUGGGAAGCUGAUCAUUGAAGGCAAGACCAAGAAAGUCUAUGAACUUCUGACCGACCCUUCAUUGUGCUUGCUAGUGAGCAAGGACCGGAUUACGGCUGGAGACGGCGCGAAGGCCCAUAACUUAGAGGGGAAAGCUGAGAUCAGCACGACCACCACUGUGAAGGUCUUCAAGCUGCUCUCCGAAGUCGGUCUGAAGACGGCAUUCGUCAAACAUGGCGCUGAGAAGUCUUUCGUGGCGAAAAAGUGCGACAUGGUACCGAUCGAGUGGGUCACCCGAAGAAUGGCGACCGGUAGCUUCCUGAAGAGGCAUCCAGGAGUCCCGGAAGGAUACACGUUCAACCCGCCUCUACAAGAGACGUUCUUCAAGGACGACGCUAAUCACGACCCGCAGUGGUCCGAUCAGCAAAUCAUCUCGGCCGGUUUCCGAGUGGGCGGCGUGAAUAUCACCAGGAACGAGGUGGACAUCAUGAAGCGCACCGCUCUCGCCGUCUUCGAGAUUCUCGAGAGAGCCUGGGCCACGCGUAACUGCGCCUUGAUAGACAUGAAGAUCGAAUUCGGCGUAGACACCAACGGGGAGAUCCUUGUCGCCGACAUCAUCGACAGUGACUCUUGGAGGCUGUGGCCUGCCGGGGACAAAAGAUGCAUGAAAGACAAGCAGGUGUACCGGGACCUGCGCGAAGUGAAGCCGGAAGAUCUGGAGAAGGUCAAGAUCAACUUCCGAUGGGUGGCGAGCGAAUUGGACCACUGCCUCGCGCGACCCAGCCCGCUGAUCGUCGUGCUCAUGGGCUCGACGUCCGACGAGGAGCAUUGCCUCAAGAUCGCGAAGCACGCCGCGGCAUUGGGCCUGAGAACGGACAUCCGAGUCUGCAGUGCCCACAAGAGCACCGUGGAGACCUUGAAUAUCCUCGCCGAAUACGAUAACUGCAAGGAAAAGGUGGUGCUCAUAGCAGUGGCCGGCCGUAGCAACGGCCUGGGCCCAGUGCUGUCAGGCAAUACCACCUUGCCUGUCAUCAACUGUCCGCCUUGCAAGCCGGACAGUGCCGCACGAGACGUGUGGUCCUCGCUAGACGUUCCCUCGGGACUCGGCUGUACGACGGCCUUGCAUCCGGAGACCGCUGCGAUCGCCGCUGCGCAGAUCCAUGCGCUGGACAAUCACAUUGUGUGGUCUCGUUUGCGGACGAAGCAGCUCGCGAACUACGUCAGUCUCAAGCAAGCCGACGUCAAGAUGCGAGAGUCCCACGCCUGAGAUCACCGAAAUCGACGCGUCGUAAAUGCCACGUCGUUGUACGCAGCGCGUUAACAACGUUGCGACAUACCGUCACGCAUAAUUGCAUUUAAAGGCCACUUUAUCGUCUAUUAUUGUACACUUUCUUUCUUUUUUACAUAUUGGCAUAUUAAUUUGUAUACUUGUCUUUGGGAUAUCACCUCGGGCAGAGAGAGUGAUUGGUCGGAUAUUUUUUUUCUUUUCCUCCCUACUUUGUAAGGUAUUCUAAUGAUAUUGUACUGGUCACGCAUACGAUUGCGCAUGUAUGUCGCAGAAUUAUGUACAGCCCUGACCGAUUAAGAAUAUCAUUACGAUUGUGCCGUGGAUCGCGACACCGGCGAGUUUUAUCGCACAUCAAUGAUCACGUUAGCUCUCUUCAUCUACACCCUGUUGUUGUUGAUUCUGGUGAUACUCUAUUGGUUCCAGGUAUGUAAUAUUCAUCUGUUCCCGCUCGAACAAAUCUUCGAGUAACGGGAACCGUCCACCGAAUGAAUUCGAGACGAGACGCCGUGCAUUGCGCAACUAUAAGGAAACCAAGAAAUGAAUAGGAGAAAAUUCGGAUUUUUACACAUACAUAUGUGAAUGUAUCUAUACGCACAUUAGCAUAGACGGAACCCCAGCGUUGCUCUUAGCAUGAGGUAGAUGGAUAUUAUGCGAACAAUUGAAUUUGAAAAGAUGUAUGAACUUCUGCCGUAUACGCGUGAUCUUGUCUGAAAGGGAAAGAAAUCCGGUGUUCGAGAUCACACACGAUUGUACCAACAUGUAUGCGAGUAAUACAUACGUAUUACUGCGCGAUACGCGCCAUAACGAUCAGCGUGCCUAUGUCUAUUUAUACUCACACAUAUACUUUUUCCUAAAAAUUUGAAUAAAAAAAUAUAUCGCGCCUA